CUUAGUCAAACUUAUGGCGCAAAAUUAGUAAUAAAAACUUGUUUGUGUUGUAACAAAACGGACUUUGGUCGUUGUUUGUUGCGUGAUUACUUGAUUUAUUCGCUGUAUCUUCACGAUGACUAUUGGAACCGUUACUUCGAAGCCGAAGGCGGCUAGCAUCCCCGAGACGGUGCAAAAGGCACACGAUGCUUUCAACCGCGGGGUGACAAAACCAAUGGAAUGGCGCCGGAAGCAGCUAAAGAGUAUGUUGCGCAUGUACGAGGAGAACCAAGACGCGAUGGUCGAGGCUCUGCGAAAGGACCUGCGCAGGAGCAAGAUGGAAGCGUUGCUGCUUGAAGUUGAUUACUUAAUCAAUGAUUUGAAAAACACACUGCACCACUUGGAUGAAUGGGCAAAACCUGUGAGACCAUCGAAAACCAUAGUCAACAUGCUAGACGACGUAGUCAUCUACAACGAUCCCUACGGUGUAGUUCUAGUCAUCGGAGCGUGGAACUACCCACUUCAGCUUUUGCUGCUCCCUAUGUCGGGCGCCAUCGCUGCCGGCAAUGCCGUUGUUGUCAAACCGAGCGAGCUAUCUGUAAAUUGUGCUAACUUCAUAGCUGAAAUGCUGCCUAAAUACUUGGACAAUGACGCAGUCCUAGUGGUCGAAGGUGGUCCAAAGGAGACAACCGAGUUGCUGCAACAAAAGUUUGACUACAUCUUCUUCACGGGCGGCACUGGCAUCGGCAAGAUUGUCUACGAGGCGGCGACGAAGUCUCUGACCCCCGUCACUCUUGAAUUGGGUGGCAAGAGUCCAGUCUACAUUGACAAUACAGUAGACAUCGUGGUGUCAGCACGCCGCAUACUAUGGGGCAAGUUUAUAAACGCGGGCCAAACUUGCAUCGCACCGGACUACGUCCUGUGCUCCAAAGAGGUGCAAGACAAGUUCGUGGAAGCUGCUAAAAAAGUGCUCUAUGAGUGGUAUGGCGAGGAUCCCCAGAAAUCACCAGAUCUUUGCAGGAUUGUCAAUAGCAGGCAUUUCAGCCGUCUCCAAAGCCUUCUAGACGCCUCGGUGAACAAAAUCGUAGUCGGUGGAAAGACCGAUGCGCAAGACCGUUUUAUCGAACCCACGAUCGUCGCCAACGUGACUGAGAAAGACAAAAUCAUGGAGGGCGAAAUAUUCGGCCCUAUUCUGCCGAUUGUACCCGUCGAAAAUGCUUAUGAAGCCAUCAAGUUUAUCAACGCCAGAGAGAAGCCGUUAACAAUGUACAUCUUCACGACAAAUGCAACCGUUCGGGACAGUCUCCUCAACAAUACAAGUAGUGGAAGCGUAUGCUGUAACGAUACGGUCAUGCAAAUGGGAGUUGACACUCUACCGUUCGGCGGCGUGGGCCACAGUGGAAUGGGCGCAUACCACGGCAAAGCCACCUUCGACACUUUCACGCACAAGAAGAGUUGCCUUAUCAAGAACUUCGCUGCCAUCGGAGAGAAGUUGGGAUCGGGCCGCUAUCCACCCUACACGGACUCAAACCUGAACUUCAUUCGGACUUUGAUGCGCAAGCGCCAGCCUCCCUCGCUGAAGUUUCUGCCGUAUCUGCUCGCGUUCGCGCUCGGCGUCGGGGUCACCUAUGGCGUUUUCGCCGUUCAGAAGAUGUCGUCCGAAGACUUGUAAGCAGCUAACAUGACUAAGGAAAACGAGGGAGCAAAUAGUAGAGUUAUGCUUCAUUUGUCAGAUCGCUUUAGCAAGAUUGAGUAUCAUUAAGGUGCGACUGAGUAGGCUCGUUCAUAUCUGGUAGACUCGUUCCAUCGAUACAUGAAUAUAUUAGUAGAAAACACGAUGUAUAUAUAUAUAGACACGAAUAUACAAAAGGUUUUCUUAGAAAACAAGAGAGUGAAAUACUAUAGUUUGUUCCAAUAAUGUUAAACAAAAUAUAAACAAGACAGUUUGGUUAAAUUUCAAAGCAAGAACGCAAUAAAUCGAAUAAGUAACACUUUCACGGAAAUUUCGAAGAUUUUGACUUGAUAUCUCAUCACAUUUUCUAACAAUAUUCCUUUGAAUAACAUCGUUAAAUCGUAUUUGAAAAAUGAUAGUCAAAAAGUGAGGUUAUAUUUUAAUUAUAGAUGUAUGAAUAGUAAUGAUUGCAUAGUGCCGUACGGAACAAAAAAUAUUCAGUUCAUUCAAUUAAAUUUUUUUAAACGAUUAGUAAAUCGAAAAUUUCAAUCGCAGUUGAACGAGUAUCUAAGUGUAAGGAUUCGAAGGAGGAUUUAAAAUUAACAUUCCGGAAAUUUUAAAUAUGCUUUUAUGGAUUAUGUAAUGAAAACCGCUUGUAUAACUCAAU